UUUUGGUAUUUGUGUAAAUCGGGGUGGAUAGCUUGAAAUGCAAUCGGUGAUAGGGAACUGGCUAAUGCGAGUGUUUUCUUGUUUUGCCUUGUAAGUUAUAAGUGAUGGAUCCUCCGGCUUGCAUAAGGAAGCAAAGCUAAACUAUAUCUAGAGUUCAUAUCUGGGCAUUGUUUGCAUGCUUGGUUAUGUUGAAUGUCGAUUGAAGUAGUAGCUGAUAAUUCACUUUCCGGGCUCCAGAUGGAUACAGGUGAUCAAAGAAAAGGCGAGUAUGCUCCUAGAAGUGAUUCAGAGAACCCACUAUUGGGAAAAUUUGACAAGCCACUUCCAUGUUUUGGCUGUGGAAUUGGAUGGUUCUCUUUUCUGCUAGGAUUUGUUUGCCCACUAUUGUGGUACUAUGCGACAAUUCUCUACUUCGGAAAUUACUAUCAUAAGGAUCCAAGAGAACGAGCCGGGCUUGCUGCUUCUGCAAUUGCUGCUCUAGUUUUCACAAUUGCUGCGGUGAUAACAGUAGCUGUUAUUGUCUUGUAAUUUUACUUUCCACUAACCAAUCUCUAGCUAAAGAUAAAAAAUGAAAAUAUAAUAUCGCCCCUACAUGAGGAAGGCAAGGCUGAUUCAGGCACGGUGGAUCAAGCUCUUGUGAUCACUUUUGAACAUCAAGAAAAUAGGCAGCAAAGCACCUAAGCCAGUUCCAUUAUGUUGACAUGCAGCUGGUUUUGUUCCAAAAGAUGAUGGAAUUGUGUAUAUAGACAAGGAUGAUGUAAUUCGGAUUUUAUCCAAAAGAUGGUUCAGUCUAUUUAACUUAUUUUGGUGUGUAUGAUUCUUGCGAUUGGUAAUUAGUUGCUAUCAUUAUCAUUAUUAGAAUAACAAGAAAGUGAAAAUAUACUGCUGGUGGUAUUUGA